CGUAGAAUUACGUCGUGUCCAGUAUCGCGAACUUAUGCAAGCAUAUCGACCCAGUUUUCAACAGUCCUCCAUGGCUUCGCUUGGUUGAAUUCGUCUGCUGUCGAGCGGUGUGUAUGUGUGGCCCGCAUUACUUGGAUGUAAUGUAAUCUGCUUAGCUGUUCUAACUCACUCGGAGUGGUGUGUUUUGAUUCAAACAUAGGACUUGAUGGAGAAUAUUUCGUUGGAUAAAUAUAAACACAUAGAAAUGAAAAACCAAGGGAUUAUUCGUCUAUCAAAUGUGCUAUAUUAAGGCAGACAAAACAAAAUAGCCUGAUUAUUGGAAAGGUAACAUUAUUACAGUCUACAAGUGAAAUCUUAAUUCUUCCAUCCUCGCCAGAGGUAGCGAUCCUGAGCCACUAUGGCUAGUACAGCAUUGCACUACCUUCAGAGACUGAACGCUUUGAGGAACUCGAACGAAACUCAAGAAGAAUGUAUAUCUGCUAUAGACGAAAUCAAAUUCUACCAGUUCUCAUUGAUCCCAGCUUUUUGUUUGACCAUUCUGAUGGCCUUCACAAUGAAUCGCACUCAGAGAUGGAAAGAUUUCUUACGUGGACGUCCAGGACUUGUUUAUCCAAUGGACACGAUGACCAGACUGUCCAGGCUGUCGUACUGUGCUGCGUUUGGUGCCACGGCAUUUCUCGUGUACCAAAUCACUAUACAGAGACAGUUUGCUAUCAAUUAUGACGGACCCAUAUCACUGAAAGCUCUGAUCGCUAUAGUGUCCAUGCUGAUUUACGGGAUGGUGUUCUUCCCCAUCUUCGCUUGCCUGGCCCUGAGAACAGCUUUCGGAUACGCCCUUGGAUCGCUGUACAUUUGGGUGUUCUUCAUCAUUGAUGUCAUCAGUCUGGAUGAUUGUGCUGAAGAUCUCGAGAAAAGAAAAGUUCGUCUUAUCUUGAGGUUUCUCCCAAGCGUGAUCUGCCGGGCUUUCCUGAGCCUAUCUCUGCCUGUCAAGUUUGUCAUGGCCUGCAAGAAGGGCAGCUACUUCCGCAACGUCACCACCGGAAACACGUUAGAGAAAACGUUGGACCAAGUCCGUGACUCCUACCAAGGUCGGCAUGUCCGAAAACUGCUACGGAAAAAGGAACGAAAACAAAAGCUGGUUGGAGUUAAAAACAAAAUCAAAUCUUUGUUUGCAAAAAUCUGGUCGUUAUUUUAUCAUCGAGAAAAAGGAUACCGCUUCCAGUCCAGAUUCGUCAGUAUGUUGUUUGUGGGAGGCUGUGUUGUUUAUAUACUUACAGUCGAGUUUCUGUUCUUUGCUUUGACUUUGUUGAAAUAUUUGAAUUAUAAAUUGGACCAACUAGGCAACACCUUAGAAGAUUUGUUUGGUUACCUAUGGCAAUUCUCAGACGAUCCUGAUUACCAGGAAUUCAUUGGGGAUCUGGGUAACCUUACUUUGGCUGUUGAAAUUGUAUUAAUUCAAGCAACUGAUGUAGUAUAUUAUUCUAUCAUUGUCUCCUGCACACUUUCAUGUGCAAUUAUAUUGAUUAACAUUUUGCACAUGUGCACAUCAUUCAGAAAAAACCUAUUCACGUUGUACAAGGGAGAUGAUUCAUUAAUUCCCCUGGCAUCUGAGUUCUCUUCCAUUAACUUGUGUGUUGGCAGCAUUAAAUUUGGAGGCUUUCAAGUGGCAUAUUUAAUAUGGGGCUAUGUCAUCCUUACCAUUGUACUGACUCUUGUCUGUCUAGUUUUGGGAGGUUUUAUAUCAGUCUUGAUAUUCGGAUUUACAGACUGGCUGGUAAACAAGGUGUUACAGAUAUGGCCAGGUUUACUGGUUGCAAUUGCCCUACUUAUUAUACAGAAGUUGUUGGCCAGAUUUCUGUUUCUACAAGGUGAUGGCCAACAUUUACGUCUGGACAAUAGACGCUUCUAUUUCAUCUUCACCUACUUCAUGUUUUUCUACAACAUCUUUCUGGGAAUAGCUUCCUGUUUGUUGAGAAUUAUCAAAUCUCUCAUUUUUGGCAUUAUAUGUCUGUGUCGACUAGACAUCAGCACAUUGCCUAGGAAGUUUGAGGGCUUCGAUCCUGGUUUCACCGCCUACAAAGGCUACAUUCAUAUGGAAGUAGCACACACACAUCCAGUGGUUCUCGUGUUUAUACAACUGUUGUACACACUCAGUCGAAAAAGAAAAGGACUUGACCCAGAACCUGUGGAAAGUUGUAAGCAACAGCCAGACACUAAAUAUUCUAUACCAAUGAAACGAGCAAUAAGAAACCGUGCUGCCCAGUUCAACUGGCUAGUUCUAUACACACUCCUGCACAAUCCUUCGGUGAGAAUCUACAGAAAAGGUUUUAUCCAGUCAAUGAGGAAAGCAAUCAAAGAAGGUCUUAAGAUACCGAUCAGUGACCAACCCAUCACUGACUUUGAUUUGGUCAAACUCCAAGAGGAGAGAGACAAAGAGGAACAGGAACUAGCUAAAACAAAUAAACAGAAUGGCGCCACCAGCCCAACAAUAUUUAAUUUGGCGCCUGUCAACUUCUCAGAGAAUUAUAAAAAUGCGUACAGUGCACACGCCUAUAUAGACAUGAAGCAGUCUGAGAAAAUGUAAGACUCUGAAAAACAAGUUCGUUCUAACUUAAAGACUUGAUGAAAGUAGACUUGUGCCUGGCCCUUCAAACACACACCGUCACAUUGGCUUUCAAAGCCCUUGUAACAAGGUCACCUUAUUUGAGUGGUACAUACGUUUUAGAUCACUGUGUACAUUGAAUUAAAAAAUGUUGUACAAAUUUAACCUAUCAGGCAAUGACACAGAAGUGUCAUAUAUGUCAUGGGAAUGACAUGAGGUAGGGGCACUGUUUAGGGAGGGAUCUGCAGGCCAUUACAUAUUAUUAAUAUUGGGUUUUAAUCGAAACCUUAUUUAGUUAGUUAAGGACGCCAUUCGUCAUAGAAUCUUUGUAACGUACUAGCCUGUACUCUUAUAAAGACAGUAAUAUUGAGAUUGGAUUGAAAUAAAUGGAGUAACUUUGUUUCCUAAUUAUUUGGAUGAUUUAAGAUUAAUUUCCCCUUUUCAUAAAGCCAUAGACAUAAACAAAUAUAGACUGGCCGAUUAAAGAGUUUUAUGAAACGAAAAUUUGUGACUUGCAAUUUUGUGUACUUUAUUAUACAGCAUUUAUGAGCAGUAUAAAAGUUAGUAUUCAUAUCUAUUUCAGCCACACAUCUAUAUAUAUUGUAAAUAAAGAGGCAGUGUAGUUUUGUCAUAGACAUAAAUAAAUAUAGACUGGAAAAAAGAAAUAACUUCAUGUAACUUGAAAACAUGUAUAUCUAUUGUAUUCGGAUUUCCGAAUUCUGAAAAAUUGAAAAAUUGCAUGAUCUUCAGUCUUAGAGAUUAAACAAAACUUUUAGACAUAAAUAAAGUACAUAGAAAUGCAAGUCACAAAUUUUCGUUUCAUAAAACUCUAUUAUCGGCCAGUCUAUAUUUAUUUAUGUCUAUGAGUUUUGUUUAAUCUCUAAGAAUGAAGAUCAUGCAAUUUUUCAUAAAUCGGAAAUCAGAAUACAAUAGAUAUACAUGUUUUCAAGUUACAUGAAGUUACUUCCUUCAGCCAGUCUAUAUUUAUUAUCAUAAAGUAUUAUUGUAACAUGCCAACUACAAACUCAGCUAUUAUAUAAAGUUCAACUUGGAAAAACUUUGUACAAAUUUAACUUGAUCUCUAUUAAAUUAUGUCUAGAUCUAGAACUAUUUUUGCUUUUCAAAUGGUGUUUUACUUUUAUUAAUUUAAAUGUUUUAGAUUAUAAACAUAUUUUUACACAUUUUAAAGAUUCAAAUUAUGAUUAUGUUAUAGCUUUAUUUAUAGCACAUUUUAGUUGCAAUUAUAACUUAUAUACAAAUCUAUCACUAGAUUUUUAUAAACAGUCUCUUAGUACAGGGGUAGACUGAGUGUUAAAAUCGGCCCAGCCAUGUCUAUACACUCCGGCCCAUAAAUUGUAUAUCUCACGAUGGGCCUCCAAUAAGACACAAAGGCCCCAUGUUGCUUUUUUCAUCGCUUAGUGUGUAGGCCCUACAAGGAUGAAGUUUACAAGUUGCACUUCUCUACGGAUGUAGGCUAUUAUAUUAUUUUGAAAAAUGUCUUAAAUUAAAUGAGUAUUAGAACUAUUUAGGACCUACUACAAUGUAGAAUCUAUCAACGAUUUUUUUUAACACGACGCUCAGAGAAUGUUAUAAAGCCAUUUACAAUUUAAUACGUACCAAAGUGGCAUUCUUGUGGACCUUUAGGUGACCCUACCGGCCCAUUUGGGUACCGGCCCACCGGGCAUUUGCUCGAAUGCCCACAUAGCCAGUCCGCCCCUGUCUUAGUAGCUGUUCUUAUUUUCAAUACCAUUGAUAGAAUUGUUGAUAUAUUCAUGAAUUACUCGCUUCAGUUUGAUUUAAUGUGAUCUGCUACGACAUGCCAGUGUUAUUGUUAUUGUAUACUCUUUUUUUAAUGUUAAUACUUUGAUGUUUGAUUUGUGAUUGAUUUUAGUGUUGGCAUUGCUUGACCUCUUGUCACAUUGAUCUAAUGUAAUAGACUCUGUCUUUCAGCGUAUACCUUAACAGUUGUACUUUUGUAGAGAAAGAAUCGUUGGUAUGUAUAUAAAUACAUUUAAAACUCUUUUGAAGUGAAUCGAUACUAUUGCGUGUUUGUCUGUGUGUAUGAAUGUAAGUGUGUGUUUGUUACUAAAUGUAUUGUACUAAAAAGGCGAGUGUUUGUAUGUGUGUAUAUAUAUAUGUAUCGUAUUAGGAGUGUUGUCAAAUAAAAAUUAAUAUGUUCUCACUCAAAAACAAAAAUGUUCUUUUUAGGGACGUCCGAAAGGGAAAAAGCCGCUGACAGUUUUUGUAUGUUUUUUUUUUUAUGUCCCUAAAUGUCACCAAUGUGAUGUAAUAUCAUUCUCUUCUUUCUCAUUCACGGUAUAAAACAAAACAGCGCAAUAAAUAUAUACAGAACAAACA